GUGCCCGAUCAGCGCUGAGUCCGGCUCCGCAGCGCCUCUUCCAGUCCCAGCACACGGGCAAAACUGGACUGCCCGGCAGCGCGAGAGAGGGCAGUGCCGCCCGGCCAGCAGCGCCUCUGCAGCCCGGCUGCUGCCCAGAGCUCACGCUCUGCUUUUCUUUUUAGCAACCGCUUUAAAACCUACUUUGGGGUCUUAAAACGAAAGCGCACACCACCAUUCCACUGUGGACAAUACCCCCUCUUACAGAUAUGGGAGACAUGGGAGACCCACCAAAAAAAAAACGUCUGAUUUCCCUAUGUGUUGGUUGCGGCAAUCAAAUUCACGAUCAGUAUAUUCUGAGGGUUUCUCCGGAUUUGGAAUGGCAUGCGGCGUGUUUGAAGUGUGCCGAGUGUAAUCAGUAUUUGGACGAGACCUGUACGUGCUUUGUUAGGGAUGGCAAAACCUACUGUAAAAGAGAUUAUAUCAGGUUAUACGGCAUCAAGUGCGCCAAGUGCAGCAUCGGCUUCAGCAAGAACGACUUCGUGAUGCGAGCCCGCUCCAAGGUGUAUCACAUCGAGUGUUUCCGCUGCGUGGCCUGCAGCCGCCAGCUCAUCCCAGGGGACGAGUUCGCGCUGCGGGAGGACGGCCUCUUCUGCCGAGCCGACCACGACGUGGUGGAGAGGGCCAGCCUGGGAGCAGGGGACCCGCUCAGCCCCCUUCAUCCUGCCAGACCGCUGCAGAUGGCAGCAGAACCUAUCUCUGCCAGACAGCCCGCUCUUCGACCCCACGUCCACAAACAGCCCGAGAAGACCACCCGAGUCCGGACUGUGCUUAAUGAGAAACAGCUUCACACCUUGAGGACCUGCUACGCUGCCAACCCCAGACCCGACGCGCUUAUGAAGGAGCAACUGGUGGAAAUGACUGGCCUCAGCCCGAGGGUCAUCAGGGUCUGGUUUCAAAACAAGCGAUGCAAGGACAAAAAAAGGAGCAUCAUGAUGAAGCAGCUUCAGCAACAGCAGCCCAAUGACAAAACUAAUAUUCAAGGAAUGACAGGAACUCCUAUGGUGGCUGCUAGUCCUGAGAGACAUGAUGGGGGUUUACAGGCUAACCCAGUGGAAGUGCAGAGUUACCAGCCUCCUUGGAAAGUACUGAGUGACUUCGCAUUGCAGAGUGACAUAGAUCAACCUGCUUUUCAGCAGCUAGUUAAUUUUUCAGAAGGAGGACCAGGUUCCAAUUCCACCGGAAGUGAAGUAGCAUCAAUGUCCUCUCAGCUCCCAGAUACACCUAACAGCAUGGUAGCCAGUCCUAUUGAGGCAUGAGGAACAAUUCAUUCAGAUUUUUUAUUAUUAUUUCCCCCGUUGAAGAGAGCGGGAAAGUUAUCACGUUGGAACUCUGAAACUUAAAAGUAUUUAAUAAACCUGUAAUGAACCUAGCAAAGAACGCUCCAGAAAUGCACGGAGUCUUGUUAUAAAUGACAAGGUGAAAUGGUAGCAACACUGUGAAGACAAUCAUGGGAUCUUACUAGAAUAAUAAUAAUUUAAAAGAGUAAAUAAACACAUGCUAUCCAGUGAUCACAGGAGCAUCGAAAAGACGUUUUUAAAACGUAGAGGAUUUGUAUUCAUGGAUCUCAGAAAAAAAAAGAAGCAUCUUUUCAUUUGACUGAACAUAGAAAGAAACCGAGAUAGAGAGACUGUCUGUACUCCAUCCUAAUCCGAAUGGUGCUGUUUCUUAUUGGUCAUUGCCUUGCCAAAAAGGAGCUCCAAUAGGUUUCACAACAUCAGGAAAAGACAAUCUAGCCCCGCAUGGUUGAAAGAUUCAUUGCAGGAAGCAGGAGCUGCAUUGGUUUGCAAUGUUUUUUUUUUUUUUAGUUGACUCUUAAGGGGUUGUUUCCUGGGUCUCUUAUAGCAUGUACUGUAGCUGGGGUUUUGGUUUUGGUUUUGCUGAGAUCCAUCCUCUAUCGAGAAGUCUGAACCAACUUUAAAAAUAGGUUUUUGAAUUCCUAUUUAAAAACCGACUUAUAAAGCAUUGCAACAAGGUAUACCUCUACUUUGCCACAAAGCGUCUCGGGAUUGUGUUUGAAUCGUGUCCGUCCAAGAACUUUUCCCCCCAAAGAUGUGUAUAGUUAUGGGUUAAAACGACUGUUUCUCUCUCUCUCUCUCUCUCUGGAAAUAAAGAGGAAAAAAGAAUUUUUUUUUUUUGGUUUGCUCUUGCAUUGCAAAAAUUAUAAAGUAAUUUAUUAUUUAUUAUCGGAAGACUUGCCACUUUUCAUGUCAUUUGACUCUAUUUUUUGUUUUUGUUUGCUGAAGUAAAAGAAAAAAGAAAAAAAAAAGAAGAAAAAGGUUGUACCGUGGUCUUUGAAUUAUAUGUCUAAUUCUAUGUGAUUUUGUCUUUUUUCUUAAAUAUUAUGUGAAAUAAAAGCGCCAUAUGUAGAAUUA